AUGAACUCACCGAAGGGGAAGUCAGACAUGUAUGGGCGUGACGCACACGUGUCAUCACUCCGCAGUGAAUAUCAUCCGUUGGAGUGGAUUUUUUUGUUAGUAGUGAUGUUCACAGCGACGGUGUGUGGCGGGGGUGGCAUAGGCUUCAUCCUGCCGGUGACGGCUAUGCAUGAUGCUUCCAUGGACAUGACUUCCGCUCCAGCUCCAGCUGCUGUUGCUGCGUCUUCUUCUAAUGCACAUAGCGCGGAUGCGUGUGCUUCAUACAAGAGUUGUGCUGAAUGUGUAUUUGACGCAUCCGAUGGCAUCUUGAGCCCAUCGAUGGACUGUGCAUGGUGUGUUAUCACGCACCGUUGCAUGCGUUUUAACGUCUCGUUUUUAACAUCCAAUUUAACUCCAUCAUCAUCAUUAUUAUCUUCUUCUUUUUAUGCCGCUGCGACGGCGAAGAAUUGCCCGGAUUGGCGCCACGCAAAAUUUAACGCCAACUGCCCAGACAUGUCAUGCUCUGCGGCACACACGACGAACAAUAUUUACAUCUGCCGUCCAAUAACGAUUUUUUGGAUUUUACUUGCCUGCAUUUUAGUUCUUUUGGACUUUGGAUUCUACAUGUGGCUACACGCUAUACGACAGCUGCCAUGGAAAUACGAGCCGCGUCUGAGUCAAUUGCUCACUGGGAUGCCGACCCCUACGUUGCAGCUUAUAAUUCCGGUGAGGGUGAAUCAGGAGCAGGCGGGGUCGGAGGGGAGAGAGGUGCCAACAGAGGUGGAUAUGAAGGAGCAAACGAGUAAUUAUCAUCACAGUAAUAAUAUUAAUAAUCAUGUAGACGAUGAGAAGGAUGAUCCACACGAGCAAAACAGCCAACACCAGCAGACGCAGAAGCAGAAGCGUGUGCCUAGCAAUUGUCCCAUUUGUAAGAUGGUACAACCAGCCCCACUUCCCCCCGGGCAUGUAUGUUUCUGGUGCGAUAUUGCACGGUUUGGUUUUAUUCCUCUCUUUAUUGGCAUUUCCACCGCAGGGCUGAGCCUCAUGCUUCUCUUUUGUGUCUCAUUAAAGCCAUGGUUUGCGGAUGGAUUUUACGCAUACCUCUUGUUGAGUGCCUAUAUUUCAUACGCUCUGUUUGGGGCUCACGUGUACUUUAGGCGGGCAUC